AUGGAUUGUGUGCCUAUUGUGGAAAUAAAGGCCAUAAAAUACCUACAUGCCCCGAUAUUUUUUCUCGCCCAAAUCAAAGCUUAUUCUCAAAGCAAUCAAGUGUGGAAUCUGAGGACCCAAUCUCCUAUCACCAUGAAAAAAUAUCUAGAUCAAACAAAUUUUACCAUUCUGCUGUAUCUCUCUACAAUAAAUCCAAAAUUCACUCUUUUGACUUGGGGAAUGAAAAAACCCUCACAAUCACAUCUGUUUUAG